AUGAUGAGACGUAGAAAAUUUCUGCAGCAAUGUUCGAAAAAAUUAUCGUCACCACCUUUAUCUUCACUUUCUAAUCAACAAAAAUCAUUUUCAAAAAGACAACGACGUCGAAUACGGCAACGUCUUCGGCGACAACAACAUCGAAUGAAAAUUCGAACACGUUCAAUGAGUAUGACAACUCAGAUAACUUCAGAUGUAUUAAAUAUGUUACACAUAUCGAACGAAUCGAAUACAAAACCAUUGGAAUUUAUUAAACGAUAUGAAUUAACAAGACAGCAAGCACUGACUAUGCCAUUUGAUCAACGACCAAUUAUUUUUAUGAUGGAACAUGAAAAUAAUCAAAUAGCUUUAGCAUCAACCGAUGAACUACAAAACACUAUGGAUGACGAUUACUAUUCGAGUUAUGUAUAA